GAAACAUUGCCGAUCACGUGGUUCUUUAACGAUCACGUGAGGUUGCUUUAGGUUUUGAUCAUGUGACUCGGUCUCCACUUUUACGCGAUUGACUGUCUUGUUGAAAAGAAAAACAUGAGAGCUUGGCUCGAGACCGUGGGUGUCCUGUUCCUACUCUGGACCGCUCACGUUCCAGUCCAAACUCGCCGAUGCUCGUCCUUUUUCUGCCGAAAGUCACUUAAUGUCAGCAGCCUCAACGGUGUGGAUCCCGGAGCUCCUCUCUUUCUCACCCCUUACCUGGAGAAGGGUGCCAUUGACGAAGCCAGGAAAUUAAGUGCAGUUGGGGAGCUGCCUGGCCAAAACGUGAAGAGUUAUGCCGGCUACCUGACUGUCAACAAGAAAUACAACAGUAACCUCUUCUUCUGGUUCUUCCCCGCACUCCUGCCAUCCAGCCAUGAUGGAAAGGCCCCGAUUCUGCUGUGGCUGCAAGGGGGCCCUGGAGGGACCUCUAUGUUUGGCCUCUUUGUGGAACAUGGACCUUAUGUGGUUUCCAAAAACAUGACAGUGAACCUGAGGGACUACGCCUGGACCUUGAAAUAUUCCGUUUUAUACGUUGACAAUCCAGUCGGGACAGGUUUCAGCUUCACCGACGACGACCGCGGUUAUGCACAGAAUCAGGAUGACGUUGGCAGAGAUCUGUACAGUGCUUUGAUCCAGUUCUUCCAACUCUUUCCCGAGUAUCAGUCCAACGACUUCUAUGCAACCGGAGAGUCGUACGCGGGGAAAUACGUUCCGGCCAUCUCUUAUUACAUCCAUAAAAACAACCCCACGGCCAAGGUCAAAAUCAACUUCAAGGGCAUGGCCAUCGGUGACGGCCUGUGCGACCCCGAAGUGAUGCUGGGUGGCUACGGUGAGUUUUUGUACCAGACGGGCAUGAUCGACGAAGUUCAGAAAGACUACGUCAACAAACAGACCGACUUGGGUGUGGUGCUCAUCCAGCAGCAGAAGUGGGUUGAGGCUUUCAAGGUUUUUGACAGCUUGCUGAAUGGUGACUUGGCGCCGUAUCCUUCCUUCUUCCAGAACGCAACAGGCUGCACCAACUAUUUCAACUACAUGUUAUGUCAGGAACCCGAAGACCAGGAGUACUUUUCCACCUUCGUGACGCUCCCUCAGGUGCGGCGUGCCAUCCACGUUGGCAAACUUGAAUUCCACGACGGCUCGCAGGUGGAGAAGCACCUGAUGCAGGAUGUGAUGAAGAGCAUCAAGCCCUGGCUGGGCGUGCUCAUGGACCACUACAAAGUUUUGAUCUACAGCGGUCAGCUGGACGUGAUCGUGGCGGCUCCUUUGACCGAACGGUUCCUGCCCACCGUCAACUGGACCGGCGCGGAUGACUAUAAGACGGCGCCACGCUUUCAUUGGAAGCUUCAGCCCGGCGAUACGGAGGUGGCCGGUUACGUAAGACAAGUGGGGAGUUUCACGCAGGUCAUCAUCAGAGGCGGCGGACAUAUUUUGCCUUACGACCAGCCGGCGAGGUCUUUUGACAUGAUUGACAGAUUUCUAUCAACGCGAGGCUGGGCAUGAAGAAUUCACACAAUCACCCGCUUUGAUGAGCGUAUGUAAAUCAGGUUCAUUUUAUUGUUGCUGUAAUUACUGGAUUUGAACACGGCAUUCUUUUUUAUGUCAUUAUCGGGCAUCAAUGACAAUGACUUUUGAUCUGUAUGGCUGCAAAGUUUGUUUUCUGAAUGUUUUUUUUUUAAGCAUUGCACUCUUAUGGAUUAUUUUCAAUGACAGGGCUCAAAAUGCCUUUUAACUAUGAUCAUUUCUGUUUUCAAAUCGUUGCUGCUCACUAAUAGUGAUUAUCCAAAAUGAAAUUGUACAACACUCAUAUCAGCCUGCCUUUGGGGUUAAUAAUGCGGUUUUAAUAUGGCACCAUAACAGUAUUGAAUGUUAUUUCCUUCUCAAAACAAAAUUUGCUUUUAACUUGAUUUGCCUUAAAAUAAAAGGCUAUUUUAAAUAAACACGUGUCAUAGAAUAAAGUAAUACAUACAAACA